CUCGGAUCCCAGGAACAUUCUCGGUUCAAAGAGAAAGAGAAGAAUAUAGAAAAGAAGAAAAUAUUAUUUUAGGUUAUUUUUUGAAAAUAUUUGUAUGUAAUGUAAAUAUUUAUAUCACAUAAACAACUAACUAAAAACUGGACAGGGAGAGGACAAUCACAACAAUGGCCAGAAACAGCAUUAAAAUUCUGCCAGGUGCAUUAGUUUGUGAAGAUUGCAAAUUAAGGGGUGAUAUAACCAUUGGUUCAGGGACUAUAAUUCAUCCAGGAGCUACUAUUAUUGCUGAAGCAGGGCCCAUUAUCAUUGGAGAUAAUUGUCUUAUUGAGGAGCAAGUGAAAAUAGUGCACAGGAUACCAUUUGAUCAAAAAGACAAAGAGAACACUACACCAGUGCUUAUAAUUGGUCCUUUUAAUGUUUUUGAAGUAGACUGUAGUGUGGAAUCUCCAAAAAUAGGCAGCAACAAUGUUUUUGAGUCUAAAUGCUUUGUUGGAAAUAAAGUGACUGUAUCCAAUGGUUGCACUAUAGGAGCAGGUUGUAAAAUUACAGAAGAACAGGUUCUAAAAGAUAAUAUAAUUAUUUAUGGUAAUAAUUGCCACUUAAGAGAAGGGCUGGAUAAACCAGUUUUACAGACUUUGCAGAUGGAGACACUGGCCAAGAUGCUCCCAAAUUAUCACCAUCUGAAAAAACCAAAUACAAAAGUUUGAUCAAAAGGUAUCCUUAAUUAUUUUGAAUUGAUACCAACUGCUUGAGAUAUGUUCUAUAAAGAUUUCUCAAAUAAAAUAGCUACUUGCAAAAGCAAUGAAACAUGAUUAAUAUUAUCUAUAAAUUAUUUUUUUGUUUUUAUGAAUAUUUAUAAUAAAGAGUAAUAUACAA